UCCUCAUUCAGCAAGGCAAAAUGGCGUCGGGUGCCAUUGCUACGGAGACUAAGAAAAUAACUGAUUUACGGGUUAUAGACCUUAAAACUGAGCUCAAGCGAAGGAAUUUAGAUGUCGCGGGCGUAAAAAAUGUUCUUAUCGCCAGACUGAAGCAGGCCAUCGAGGAGGAAGGCGGAGACCCAGACAGCAUUGAAAUUCCGCAGUCUGUUGACACACCCACUAGGAAACAUGCUAAAUCGAAAGGAAAGAAAGUGGACUCAGACACUGACAACACAAUGGAAGAGGAGUCUUUCUCCAAGGAAACAGAAGAUGAAGAUAUUGAAAAAGAUGUAACUGAUACUGAUGAUGGUACUCGUGAAAAUUCUAAACAUCUCCCCUGUGAAGAUGGCCUCGUGGAGGCUGAACAUGUGGCGGGGAUGGAAAGCGAGGCCGCCGCCCGCGAUAAAGAAGUCGAGGACGAUAACAUAUCCGUCACAAUCCAGGCAGAAGAUGCCAUCACGUUGGAUGUUGAUGGCGAUGACCUCCUGGAGACAGGUAAACAUGUGAAACUUCCAGAUUCAGAGGCGGGCAAGGGCUGUGACGAGCCAGAGCCCUCUGCCGAGAUGAGCCCGGAGGAAGACAUGAAGGCGGAAGCCAAAGAGGGCCAUAAAGAUGGUAAGAAAGAUGACGGACUGAAGACUGACCCCGCAAAGAAGGAGAGCCGAGAGGCCUCGAAGAAGGCUGAAAUGGGAGACAAAGAAAAGGAUUCUGGGAAGAAAGGCCCCUCAUCUACUGGGGCUUCGGGUCAAGCAAAGAGUUCUUCAAAAGACAAAGAUGGGAAGACCGCAAAGGAUGAAAAAGGUACGAGCAGUGGAAGCACCGGCAGCUCGACGCGCAACCUGUGGGUGAGCGGCUUGUCCUCCAACACCAAAGCGGCCGACCUGAAGAACCUGUUUGGGAAAUAUGGAAAGGUUUUUAGCGCUAAAGUCGUAACCAAUGCCCGUAGCCCAGGAGCAAAAUGCUACGGCCUGGUGACAAUGUCCUCUAGCGCGGAGGUGGCCAGAUGCAUCUCUCAUCUUGACCGCACUGAACUCCACGGACAGCAGAUCUCUGUCGACAGGGUUAAAAGUGAUCCAUUCAAAAAGGAUUUUUCCAAGAAAGAAACAGAUGAAAAAUCAGGAUCCAGCAAGGCAUCGGGGGAGAAGCGCUCCGCUGCCGGGCUGAAGACGGCCAGCAAGACACCCAUCUCCUCUAAAAAGGAAGAGAAGAAGUCGGAGAAGCCCGACAAAGACGGCAAGGACGCCUCAAAGAAACAGGAGUCGAAGGGCGCCAAGUUGGACGCCGCGCCGUCGGGCUCCGUGCAGGACGCCUCCAAGAAGGACGAGAAGAAGCACGGACGUAAGAGUCCUGGAAAGAUGGUGAUCAUCGAUCAGACCAAAAUGGAACCUGGCUUCAGCAAGAUCAGGCCGCCGUUCAGGAGGGGGCGGUUCGACAAGCCUGGUUUUCCAAACAUGAUGGCACGCCGGCCCAGAUCGUUCAUCCCCCCAGAAGAGAUGGAGAUGCUGAGGAACAAAGGGAGGAUCUUCCCGAAUAAAGGAGGCAGCAAGGAGAUCCUGCCCUUCGAGAAGAUGAAGGAGCAGAGGAUGCGGGAGCGACUGGUCCGGCUGGAGCGCAUCCGCAGGGCCAUGGAGCUGCGAAGGCGGCGGGAGAUCGCGGAGCAGGAGCGGCGGGAGCGGGAGCGCAUCCGGCUGCUGCGGGAGCGGGAGGAGCGCGAGCACCUCCUUCGGGAGCGCCAGCGGCUGGAGAUCGAGCGGCAGAAGCUGGAGCGAGAACGCAUGGAGCGCGAGAGGCUGGAGAGGGAGAGGAUACGCAUCGAGCAGGAGCGGCGUAAGGAGGCGGAGCGCCUGGCCCGGGAGAGGGAGGAGCUGAGGAGGCAGCAGGAGCAGCUGAGGUACGAGCAGGAGAAGAGGAACUCGCUGAAGAGAGGCCGCGACGUGGACCACAGGAGGGACGACCCCUAUUGGAACGGCAACAAGAAGCUUCAGACGGAUUCAGAGGGCCGGCUGAGCCAGGGCUCCGAUUACAGCCGACAGCAGAACCGCUUUGCGGAGUUCCCUCCGCGGGACAGGGGCCGCUUCCCUGAGGGCUCCUCCGUGGAGCCCAACAGCUUUGACAGACGCAACCGCUUCGAGAACGAGGCCGAGGGGAAGAAGAGCCGGCCCCCGGCCCGGAGAGACAGCUCCGGCUUCGACCGCUACCCCAAGGGCUUCGAGCCCCCGAGGAGGGCGGAGCCGCCGCCGCCCCCUCCCCGCGGGGAGCUGCGCGAUACGGACCGACGGGAGAUCCGGGACCGGGACGAGCGCAGGGCCGUGCCCAUGCCCGAGCGGCCGGCAGGGGGCAGGGGCGGGAUUCCGGGCAUGUCCCACGCCCGCUCCCCCAGGGAGACCGGACACGGAGGCUGGAAGAACGACGGGGGGAUGGGAGCCAGCAAGGGAGACAUCCGGGGGGCAGUGCGGAUGCGUCCGGAACGGUCAGCCAGGGAGGGACCCGGGCCGGGGCUCAGGGGCGCUCCUUCAGCCAGUCGGGGGAGAUCCAGCUUCAGCGGCCGGGACGGGGGCAGGCCCAUGGUGAUGGAAGAACAGCAUUACAGCGCGGGACGGCAGGUGGUUGUGGAGCGGCACAGCAGGGACCCGGGCCCCCGGAAGGAGUGGCACGGGGGGCCGGGCUCCCAGAGCGGGGGGUUCCCCGACAGCCGGAGACUGGGGGACAGCCGAGGCAGCAUGAUGCCGCAGCACUCGAGCCAUUCCUCAUCCGGGAUGAACAGAAUCGUGCAGAUCACCAACAGUUCCCUCUCGGGCGGGAGCGGGGGAGGAUUCAAGCCCUUCAAAGGGGCCCCACGCAGGUUCUAGGGGGCCACACCAGCUGUCCAAACUGUAUUUGCAAAACAAAAGUUUUUAUAUGUUUUAUUUUUUUUAUUUUAUUUUUUGACUAGGCGUUUUAGAUGGUUGGAUUAUGGCAGAGAGGUUCGUGUUAAAAAAAAAAAAAAGCUGUUUGUUUUGUAUAGAUGCGUGUAAAAUUUCAUGUAGGUUUUCCUAACAGU